GCUCAAGCCUUCACAUUCAAGGCGAGGCAGUGUCGUCGGCGCCCGCGCAUACAGCGCGCGUCCGCCAUUUUGUUUGAUCAGCUGUCAACGAUAAAUCAUUGAAAUCAAGAUGGCGUCGACCAAAAUUAUAUUUUUGCUGUCACUCAUAAAUUACGUUUACGGGAAAGGUUCCCAGGCCCAGAUCGAGUGCUCUCCAGAAUACAUGAAGGUGGUCGUGCCGAUGGAUGGAGACAGAAAGAUCUCUUAUCUCGACCAACUGAAGGACUACACCCCCUGUGAGCCGAUUAUCGAGGGCAACUCGGCGACCUUCAUGUUAGAUCUUCAGGAGUACCACAAGUGCGCCGUCACGAGGGUCCUUAAUAAGAUUACUGGUAUACGGACUUAUUAUCACAAAGUCGUAAUAGAGGACGCGUCGGGCGGGCGAGACACGGUGAGAGUAAGGUGUGUUGUAAGCAACAAGCUGAGGGCACUCUCCAAACGGGCCGUCGAACCAUUCCCAGUGGACUUCAAUGAGCCAGAUGUGCUCGACAUCACGAGGUACAUGGAGGGCAGAGCGCCCGAACCGAUGCUGGGGGCUGUGGUCAAACAGAACGGAAAGCAGGUGUCGGGUGAGAUCUCAGUGAGUCCGGGCACUCCCCUCUCCAUGGACAUUUUCCUGGACAACAGCUCUUCCCCGGUGUACGGCCUGCUGGUCAACUACAUGCAUGUCACCGACACUGGGAAACAACAGGAGACUAUCAUAUUCAAUGGAUGUUCCGUCGAUCCUUAUCUAUUUGAUAACUUCGUGACGUCAGACGGCAAAAACUUGACUGCUAAGUUCAGGGCGUUUAAAUUCCCUGAUACUUCAUACGUGCUCUUCAGAGGAACUGUCACAGUGUGCCUCGACAAAUGUCAAGGAGUCCAAUGCACGAAUGGCGUGACAGCGUACGGCAGAAGACGCCGCUCCAUCGCCGGCACUUCGUCCAACAAGGUUUACGAGGUGUCUCUCACUACUAUCAUAAAGGUCGACUGGAUGGGCGGCAACAGGGAGGAAGAGGACGUUUUGACUCUGUUGAAGAAUCUGAAAGUAGCCAAUCAGAAGCUUGGCGAUGAAGACGCGGCCACCGUCUCUCAGACCAGCGACCUCGUUUACAAAACAAACAACGGCAGCGUUAAUUUACCCGCCUUUAUAAUUAUGUUCAUAAGUCUGGCAGCACUGUUCAAGAUGGCGGUUUGAUUUUGACAAGUAACCGAAAUGUCAAAGUCAGAACGUUAUAGCAUAUUUUAUGUUAAUUUUUUAACAUAUCAAGCUUAAUUUUUAACUUAACCUGUACGAUAAUGAUGUAAUAUGAAGUGACGAACAAGAGACGUUGAAUGAGACAGAAAUGGCGGGAAACAACGACAUCCUGACGAGUUAGUUUAAGUUAAAGUGAUUUAAUUGUAGAUAUAAGUGCCUUUUAAGUAAUGCUAUGCUGAGUGCAUUUCACUAGUCCUACAAUAAACGAGUGUUAAUACUCCUCACAGUUGACACCUUCCUUACCAACUAGCGAUAAGACACGACCUGCCAUCACGUGACGGAACUGUAAUAAAAUAUUAUAUAAUUGUGGUGCUCACGAUAAUGUUGAAUUUUUAAAAUUAAUAAUAUUAACUAGCAUUAACAGAAUAAAAAAUAAAUGCUUGA